UGACUUGCCCCCAGUCCCCUUCGGUUUCUAUGUCGUCCCACAUGUCUCGUCAAGUGCUCGCCGCCGCCGCCGCCGCCCCCGUCGCCGCCUAGACGUCCACACUCCACAAAAAUCCGCCUCCUCCAGGUCAUGCCCGCUCCAUGCUGUGCUCGUCGCAGCUCCGCCUCCUCGUCUCCUGCUUCUCUCCACGCUUGCCGAGCCGCGCUCCCCUCCAUGCCGCACUCCGACGCCCCGCUCCUCCGCGAACGUCGCCGCCCGUCCGCGCGCUGCGUGGCCUCCAGACUCCCGCCCGCGCCAUGUGCUCCCGCUCUUCCCUCUCCCACGCAGCCCACUGCGCCGAGCUCCUCCUCUCACUGCUGCACCGGGGUCUGCUCGCGAACGCGCGCGCCGUCGCCUCACGAAUCGGCCUGGCUCACACCGACCCGGCCCUCUCGGACGCGCUCGUGGCCUGCCACUCGCACCUCGGCAACAUCGCCUCCGCGCUUACUUGCUUUGAUCACCUCAUCGAAUCGCGCUACGUCCCCUCGCCCGCCUCCAGUGCAGCACUCCUCCGCGCAAUGUGCGCGGCUUCCAUGUACUCCGAGGUGGUGGACCUGUUUGUGCUCUGGGAAGGUGCUCCUUCGCCGCUGCCCGUGUCGAAGUUCCCCUUUCUCAUCCAUGGCCUGUGCUCCAAGGGCGCGGUUGAUAAGGCCCGCUUCCUGUUCGACGUAAUGCUUGGCUUGGGCUUGGCGCCACCAGUUCGUGUCUACAAGUCACUCGUGUUUACCUACUGCAAGGCGCGCCGCUCGCUCGAGGCUGACGAAAUGUGCUGUCUCAUGGUGAAGAAUGGGAUGUAUUUGGAUAGGAUGCUAGGGACAGCGCUUGUCAAGGGUUUAUGUCAGGAGGGGCGGCUGGAACUGGCAAUGGAUGUCUUUAAUAGGAUGCGGGUGAAUGAAGGUGCUCAGUUGGAUGCAUAUGCUUAUACCACAAUGAUUGGUGGUUUGUUUGAGCAUGGGUAUGUAGACCAUGGCUGGGAGCUGUACCAGGAGAUGAAGGACAGGGGAAUGGAGCCGACCCCAGUGACAUACAAUGUGAUGAUGUGGUGGUAUUGUAAGAACAAGUGGGUUGGUGCUGCCAUGGAACUCUACAAUGUGAUGGUGAGGGGCGGUGUCUCUCCUGAUUUGAGGUGUUACACUAUGUUGAUGACAUCUCUUUGCAAGGAAGGAAAAUUGGUAGAGGCUGAGCAGCUGUUCACCAAGAUGUUGGAGAGGGGUGUUUUCCCUGAUCAUGUGCUGUUUAUUUCAAUUGCAAGGUUCUUCCCCAAGGGCUGGGAGGUUGUUUUUGUGAGGAAAGCGCUGAAGGCGGUUGCGAAGUUGGAUUGUAGUGGCGAACUGCUGGAACUUUCUUCGCUGGCCAGUGGUUGCUCAAACAUGAGUUUGCAGCAGGAGGCUGAGCGCCUUCUUGAUGAGAUGAUGAGAAGCAAUCUGCUCCCUAUUGAUGCUAUUUUGAAUAUGAUGAUAAUUGCCAUGUGCUCAGAGGGGAGAUUAGAUGUGUCGUACUAUCUAUUGGACAAGUUGGUAGCUUAUGGUUAUGAACCUUCAGUCUUAACAUACAACAUUGUGAUAAAAUAUCUGUGCAGACAAAAGCGCAUGGAUGAUGCUAGGACACUCAUUAAUCUUAUGCAGAGCAGAGGUGUCAGACCUGAUAUGUCCACGAAUUCAAUCAUGGUAACCGCAUACUGUAAAAUUGGUGAUAUAGAGAGUGCGCUAAGUCUGUUUGAUGAAAUGGCAAAGGACGGGCUAGAGCCUUCUAUUGCAGUAUAUGAUUCCAUCAUAGCAUGCCUCUGCAGACUGGGGCACUUCAAAGAAGCAGAGUUUACGCUCCGCCAAAUGAUUGAAGCUGGACUAGUGCCAGAUGAGGUUAUUUACACAACACUUCUUAAUGGAUAUUCCACUAUGAGGCACACAAAGGCCGCCUGCCGUGUUUUCGAUGAAAUGCUUGAGCGAGGUUUACAACCUGGUUCCCAUGCUUAUGGUGCCCUAAUAAAUGGGUUGGUAAAGGAUAAUAAAAUCAGGAAGGCUCUCCAUUAUCUGGAAAGAAUGCUGGAGGAAGGCUUCGCAACCCAAACUGUUAUUUAUACAAUGCUUAUAAAUCAGUUCUUUAGGAAAGGAGAGGAAUGGUUAGGUCUAGACCUUGUUGAUUUGAUGAUGAAAAACCAUGUUGAACCUGAUCUGAUUACCUACGGGGCACUAGUAACUGGCAUUUGCCGAAAUAUUGAUCGUCGAGACAUGAGGCCGUCUUUGGCUGCAAAGCUGGAUGAAGCAAGGUAUAUGUUGUUUAGACUGCUGCCCCAAAUAUCUUUUGGUACAAGAAAAGGGAAACAGAAGAAGAAGCGGAUGUCCUCAGAAGAAAAGAUUGAUCUUGCUCAGAAUAUAAUACAAGAUCUCGUGGAAAGUGGGAUGAUGCCUGAUUUACACAUCUAUAACGGGAUGCUCAAUGGCCUCUGUAGAGCACAAAAGAUGGAUGAUGCUUAUAAUCUGUUGUCAUUGAUGGAACAAUCUGGUGUUCUUCCCAAUCAUGUGACAUAUACAAUACUCAUGAAUAAUGAUAUAAGAUUAGGAGACAGCAAUCGUGCUAUCCAACUAUUUAACUCGUUGAACAGUGAUGGCCAUGUUUUUGAUGAUGUAGUAUACAACACUUUUAUUAAGGGGCUUUCUCUUGCUCGAAGAACGAAAGAAGCGCUGUCAUUUUUCCUGAUGAUGCAGAAAAGAGGCUUUGUCCCCAGUAAGGCUGCCUAUGACAAAAUCAUGGAGCAGCUUCUUGCUGAAAACUCAACAGAUCUCGCCCUAAAUAUUUUUGAUGAUAUGUUCUGUCAUGGCUACAUUCCACGAUAUAGCAACUAUAGUUCUUUGCUAUUGGUACUUGCAAAAGAUAACCAGUGGAGAGAGGUUGACAGAGUUUUUAUGAUGAUGCUGGAGAAAGGGAGAUCUCUGGAUACAGAAACAAAGAAGUUACUAGAGGAGCUAUGCUACAAGCAAGGAGAGCUUGAUCUGGCUUUUGAAUUGGAGGGUAACAUGCCCCUUUAUGCAGUAGGAUAACUCUUGUAUGCUACAAAAGGCAUCAAAUGCUUAUUAAUUAUACGGUGACUGGUUUCAUUAGGGAUGUAUUCAUGUUCAUUUUUACGUGGUUUUGGGACAAAAACCCAACCCAGCCCGGAAGCAGACGGUCUUGCUUGGGUUGUUUCAAUGCUUUCCACGGGUUCCGAUGGCUUAUCUUCUUCCUGUGCUCAUAUUCUUCAAGACUUCCAGAUUUUUCACUGGCAUAGCAGUGCUCUCUUGUUACAAAUUGGUAACCGGAGAGUUUUGCUUGGGUUGUUUCAUGAUGGUAUUCUGAAUUUUGAGCGAUUCAGUCGUGGUGAACACAUGCAAUCAGAAGAACCCUUCAGAAAUUUCUGGCCAAACUCAUUAGCUUGACUCCCCAUUCACUAUCAUUGUGUUAUCAGGUUUGAAGUCUUUCAUUGUUGACCUUUGCUCUAAAUCAUUAAUCAUAUGGUUUUAACAAUACUUUCUUGGUUAUUUGCAUUUAAAAUAUAUAAUCGCUUCAUAUGUGCGCAUGUCCUUUCUGGACUAAAGUUCUUGGUAAGCUGUAAAAUAUGGUUUACUUCUGAUUUCUGAAGCACCUGGUACUCUUACGAUAUUCAAUGUUUCAUUAUCUGGUUCAUUGUUAAAUUUGAUAAAACACUUAUAUGAUAUGGUAGUGCAAGCUGAUUAAACUAUAUGCACCAUGCAGAACCCCAGAUCACAUCCUUUUUCACGGAAACAGUAGGAGUAGGGGACAGUCCUGCUGGAAAUUAUUAGAAAUAAAAAAAGCAAUAAAAGUUCCUCAAGAUAAAAACGAAAGAUAUUUUGCAUUAAGGAACAAAAUAUGUCACUCUGUGCAUCUUCUAGCCAUCCCUCAGAGAUCAGAUCUUACUUAUGCUAGUCAUUGGCUAUACAUAGAUAUGGUAGUGGCAGUUAAUAACUUGUCUAACAUACUAGAACUCCAAUGUCUGCUCGGUUAAGUCAUAGCUUGACACUAACCUGGCAUUGAUUUACUUUUGCGGGAAUUUGCCUAAUCUGAAUAGUAAAUAGCUUACUAGUAGGUGCGUUUAAUAUUUUUUGUUUAAAAUAAUGUUUAUCAUUACUGUAAGAGGGAUAGUGUUGCAGGGGAAACAGUACUCGUGGGCAUGAGUCCGAGCAGAGUGAUAGGGAUGCAAAUGCAAUUUGUACCAGACGUCUACUAUUUGAUUCUGGUAUUGCACAGCAUCUGGUUGCUGUCAUUGUGGAACAGACAGUUGAGAAUAUAGACACGAUAAGAGAAAUAGCAGUCAGGACUCUCUCACCACAUUCAUACCGUAUGGGGAGUUGCUGAAAGAAAUUGUUCCUGGCAAUGCAGAUUUGGAGCGGCUGAUAUACAUCAACAUGAAGACCAGAA